CGCCCCGCGCCCGAGCCGCAGUCGCGCCCUCUCGCUGCCUGGCGAAGCGCGGAGGCAAGCGCCGGGGAGAGAAGCUGCCCGCGCCGCCGUCAGGGCGUCGGGAUGGCCGUGGGCUCGGUCAAGAUGCAGCCGCCGUGCGAGAGCCCGGCCCUGCGCCGCAGCCCCAGCGCCCGCGAGUGCGAGCAGCCCCCCGCGUCCCUGCGGCCGCGGCUGAAGGACCUGCCGGCGCUGCUGCGGAGCGGGCUCACGCUGCGGAGGAAGCGGAGCGUCGCCGGGGGCCGGACUCUCUCAAGAAGAAUUUCCAACCCAUACCUUGAACAUACGUCUUCCCAGAUUUAUGGGGAGAAUUCUUCGUGUGCAGGAAGAGCACUGAGGAAUAUUAUUAUUGUUCAGGCAGCUGACCUGAUAAAGGACAGAGUGAACCUCAAGGGAUUUUACAGGAGAAGCUGCGUUGGGUCGGAACUGGUGGACUGGCUCCUGGAGCACUGCCCUUUCGUCCAGUGUAGGUCCAUGGCCGUCGGGGUCUGGCAGCUCCUGCUGGACAUGGGAAUCAUGUCAUCAGUGGACCAGCAUCUAUACUUUCAAGAUACCUAUGUGUUCUAUCAGUUUUCAUCCGACGAGUGCAGCUACUUGUACUGUGAGUUCGAGAGAGAAGACGAGUGGCAGAACGGAGUCAGGCUGUUGCUGCAGCUGGUGCCCCUGCUCCCCGCCAGAGCCGGCCUCUGCGAGCUGUCUCACCAGAAAAUCGAAGACUCAGAGGAAAGCAGUGACGAAAUCCUUGCUCGUCUGACAUCCGCGGUGCAGAGAGAGCUAGCAGCUGUUAUCGCUUUGAGAGCGAAGAAGUCUGCAAUUGAACAAGACGAAGAAAACAGUGACAAGCACGUGGCGGCGACAGAAGCGGACGGUGUCCCAGGUUCUCAGGCAGGGGUGAUGUGCAAGCUUCAGGAGCGAGAUGACAUGGGGCGAAUCGAGCUGGUCCAGAAGCUGGCGAGAGACAACUGUCAGUUUUUGCAGACGGACAAAAAAGACCAGGAGAAGUCUGAACACGACGAAGAAGUGGUGACUGUGAGAGAGCAGGAGCGCAGUGUCCUGGUGCUGAAGAAGGUGCAGCGCGGUGGCCCGGCCCCCCCAGGCGGCAGCGCCGACAGUGAUUGGAGAUACGUGGUGGUGUCCGGGACCCCGGAGAAGAUCUUGGAGCACCUUUUGAAUGACUUGCACCUGGAAGAAGUCCAGGACAAAGAAACAGAGACCCUCCUUGAUGACUUCCUGCUCACGUACACCGUCUUCAUGACAACUGACGACCUGUGCCAGGCGCUGCUGAGGCACUAUUCUGCUAAGAAGUACCAGGGCAAAGAAGAAAACUCUGACGUCCCUUGCCGGAAACGAAAGGUCUUACAUCUCGUUUCCCAGUGGAUCUCUCUGUACAAAGACUGGCUGCAUGAGGACGAGCACUCAAAGAUGUUUCUAAAGACCAUAUACAGAAACGUGCUGGACGAUGUAUAUGAAUACCCAAUACUCGAAAAAGAAUUGAAAGAAUUUCAAAAGAUACUUGGAAUGCACCGUCGUCACACUGUGGAUGAGUAUUCGCCGCAGAGGAAGAAUAAAGCCCUUUUCCACCAAUUCAGUCUGAAGGAGAACUGGCUCCAGCAUAGAGGGGCCGUGACGGAAACUGAGGAAAUUUUCUGCCACGUGUAUGUAACAGAGCACUCCUACGUCAGUGUGAAGGCCAGAGUUUCCAGCACGGCCCAAGAGAUCCUGAAAGUUGUGGCCGAAAAGAUCCAGCACGCAGAAGAGGACCUGGCUCUGGUGGCCGUCACGUUCUCCGGGGAAAAGCAUGAACUUCAGCCAAAUGACUUGGCGAUCUCCAAGUCCCUGGAAGCAUCUGGUCGGAUAUAUGUCUACCGGAAAGACCUAGCUGACACUCUGAACCCACUGGCAGAAAAUGAGGAGUCACAGCAAAGGCCGAUGAGGAUUUUGGGAAUGAAUACUUGGGAUCUUGCUCUGGAAUUAAUGAAUUUUGAUUGGAGUCUCUUCAAUUCAAUUCAUGAGCAAGAGCUGAUCUACUUCACGUUCAGCAGACAAGGGAGUGGGGAGCACACGGUGAACCUCAGCCUCCUGCUGCAGCGCUGCAACGAGGUCCAGCUCUGGGUGGCCACAGAGAUUCUGCUCUGCAGCCAGCUGGGCAAGCGAGUGCAGCUGGUGAAGAAAUUCAUCAAAAUCGCUGCCCACUGCAAAGCCCAGAGAAACCUGAACUCAUUCUUUGCCAUCGUGAUGGGUCUCAACACCGCCUCUGUCAGCCGGCUGUCGCAGACCUGGGAGAAAAUCCCUGGGAAGUUUAAGAAACUUUUCUCUGAACUUGAAAGCUUGACAAACCCUUCCCUGAAUCACAAAGCCUACAGAGAUGCGUUCAAAAAGAUGAAACCACCCAAAAUCCCGUUCAUGCCCUUACUGCUUAAAGAUGUAACAUUCAUUCACGAGGGAAAUAAGACCUUUUUGGAUAAUCUUGUCAAUUUCGAAAAGCUGCACAUGAUUGCCGACACCGUCCGAACCCUGAGACACUGCAGGACCAGCCAGUUCGGAGGUGACAUGUCUCCGAAAGAGCACCAGGAGUUGAGAUCCUACGUGAACCACCUGUACGUCAUCGACAGCCAGCAGGCCCUGUUCGAGCUCUCGCACCGGAUGGAGCCUCGGGUGUGAGCCCCGCGCCCGCCCCUCCGCUGCGCCUCCCCUCCCCCAGCGACUGCAGCACUUUGAGCCGUGGCAAGGUCGAUGCCCAGCACGCCCCUUGCCUGCGGCAAGCGAAGUUGCUGAGUUUUAUCAGUGCAUCACAUAAGUACACAGGAGAGCCGACCAAAGCGUGCUCGGGAAGUGACCUCGGCCACCAGAGGAGGGGAGAGGCCUCUCCUCGCUGCCCUCGGAACGAGAAGACGGGAGUCAGAGCUCCCUUGGGAUGGAGAAGUCUGGUUUCUCACGCCGACAUUGUUGGUGCUGCCCGAUGUUCAGUCUGAGACGCACCGCCACCAAGACGAGGGAGCACGUCUUGGAGUCCCGUGACCAGACACUUCACAGUGAGAGUGUGCGGGAGCCAGGAAGGAGCUUGUCUGAAGUGAUGGCAUCACCAGAUUUCCAGGGAGAAGGUGUGGUCUCUGUCAAUACAAACUGUGACGUCGCCAAGGGCCACUCGUGUCCAGGAAGUCAGUGAGGACCAGCGGCGGGCAGCCGUGCUCUGACUUCCGAAAGGGCAAUGCCAGGCACACGCUUCUUUGCCCCCACAGUGGCUUGCAGGUGCUGGCUCACCGGUGAAAUUUGUGUCGGCACCACUCGUCUGCAGCCACGGGCAAUUCAGGCUGAGUCUCUUAGCCAAUACGGAAAAAAUAGGAAUCUUUAGGGAAAUUGACUCAUUGUUUAAUUUCUGGGGGUUUUCUUUACACGUGCGAGCAGGCUCUUGUCUCCUGUUGGGAACAAGGGGGUUUUGGGAAGAGCACAGUGCCUGACACAUCCUGGGCGCUCCGUCGCUGGUGGUCGAGGUGACAGAGUCACAGAGGUCUGCGCUCUGGUGCCUGGCGAUGCCCUCGUGUUCUGCCCGCCCCCGCAGGUGCCUGGCACACCCUGCACAGUGAUCACAGCCCGUCCUGGGAGGGUGAGUGGGGCGGCGCAUGCAGAGCACUCGGCAGCCCCCAGAGAAGAGCGAAGCCGUGAGAUAGCGGCGCUAGCCCGUCUUCCAGAGAAUGGAAAGAGCCCCGAGAUAUCCAGAUGCCUGAUACAUGGGGGACUCUCACAAGUCCCAUGCAUUGUUCACCUUCCAACCAGGAGAGCAGAUUUCCUGUAAUUCUUCCAUGUUUUCAGCCUUUUAAGUCUUUUUCUAUGCCCAUUUUUAUAGAGUAGGGCUCCUCUGGCAAAGGACUCACGAAGUCCACCCCUGCCGGCGAGACGCUCGUCACGUCGCUAGAGCACAUGUGCGAACCCUGGUGCACACUUCUCCCUGCUCCCGCCCGUUCUUCUCUGAGGAGCCUGCGCAGAACUGCUCCUUGUGUCUCAUCAGCACCUCAUUCCUGCGCUGUGCCCGAUGCUUCCUGAUGCCUUGAUGGCCGUGCCGCUGCCCGGGCUCAGGAACCUCCCUGUGCUCAGUAGGUUGAUGGAAGCAGCCACAGGGAGAAGAUUUAUUUUGGUGGGACUUUCAAACAGGUUCAGUCCCUCCCAGCAUGUAAAACGCCAGUCCUGAAAAGCUAACAGCAUUCUGUGGAAAGGCGCCGUCCAGGGCUGGCCCACUUAGAGGGAUGCUCCAGGCUGUGGGGAAUGGAAUCCGACCCAGUGGAGGAGACCAGAGCCUUGGAACCGGGGAGACGGACUUCUCUCCUCGCUGAGCAGACACGGGAGAAGCUCUGGCCGUGUCUAAGGAUGGCGUGCACUCACCACGCGCACGGGUGAUCUGGUCUGUUCUCUACGUUGGGGCAUAGCGUUGGCCCCGUCAAACCACACAAGGUCCUUUGGACGUUGUCUCCAUGUUUUGCAAUUUAAAUUUGAUUCACGGGAAGCCUACAUCGCUCCAACUAAAACUGUUUCAGUUGCUCUAGUAGAGAACUCUGUCAGCAUGGCACCUGCUGGUUAGAGCUCACCUCACCAGUGCAUGCCGCCAAAGGAUCCCCAUGUGCAUCAAGGUUGGACCCAGCCCGCAGGUGCCAGCAGAGCCUGCCUCCCGGCACGGGUGGAAACAGCAGGGCAGGCAGGGUGGGCGCCUGUCCACCAUGUCCUCCCCGUGGCCCGGUGGCUCUCGGGGCAGACAAGGGAAGGGAGGAUUUUGUUUCCUUUAGAUUUACUUUGCCAUGCCCAUCUUCCGAAUGCCAGAAUCUCUGGCUCUUUCUAAAAUUUAACAGCUGUCUCCGGAGAUUUCCUAGGCAGCAGCUCUCAGAAAUUUGAGAAGCUCUGAGCAGAUGUAAAUCUGGAAUUAAAGAAUUCAGGGCAGAAUCGUGGGGGCCAGGAUCACUCAGCGCGAAGCUCUUCCUAACAGAGCCGAGCUGCCCAACCACCAUUGGCCGGGCCGACGCAGGACUUGGCGAUUCCCUGUCAACAGGGAAAGGCUGUGUUCCCUCUCUCAGGGUUUGUCUCGGCCCCUGAGGAGGAGGUGGUGUUCCAGCUAGAAGGUCGGACUGCAGGACAUCCACGCUGCUUUUCAGCUGAGGUUUUCGUGACCUCAUGAAAUCUCCAUUCCCUCUGGACAUCUGUAACUUGCUGCCUUCGCCGGAGAGGGGCGCGUGGCUGCGUCUGCGUGGCUCUUUCCGCUGCAGCACAGCUUUUGACCGUCCUGCGGGUCUGAGGUCUGUCGGCAUCCCAGCGGGCCAGCCCUGCCUAGAAGUUAGCGCCAGGCAGGUUCUUGUAGACCAAACCACAACCUUCCCGAAUGUAUUUUUUCCCGUACCUACUGACGGAUGCUCCGAAGACUAUAGUGUUUCAAACUCAUUCUUUGUUAUCAUCUGCACAGUUGCCAAAUGGUUGUCGUGGUAAAUAUUAUGGACUGCAUUCAUUCGAUUCUGGGAUCCUUAAUUAUAUUUAGAAUACAUUCAUUUUCCCAGACCCCCAUCCACAGGCAAGUCCGGGGUGGGGGCGGUGUACAGCAACACCCCCCCCCAGUUGGCAGGAAAAGGUGUGGCCCUAUAAGGCCUCCCCACCUCCUAGCGGGAGACACAGUUACAGGAGACCCGGUGAUGGCAACUUGGGACCCCCAGAGCUGGCUUGCCCUGCUGCCCCUGCCCCUCCCCCCGCUGCCUUGUUAUAGCAUCCUGUACACGAGUCCCAGACUUAGUGACCCUGAAUGGCACAACCAAUCCAAGCUUCUCGGGAACUAGGCACAGACAUUACGACGGGGCGGUCAGGUGCCCUGCGGCUGUCCACAUGCAGUUUCUUCUCAAUGCUUCCAACACGUCCUUAAAAUUUCAGCCUGCCCAUUGACAAGCAGGCCGUUGUGCUGAAAACUAGUGGGGGUGGGGGAGGGAAGUUUUUAAAAAUUGCCAAAAAGUUAGAUGAAAAUAUACUACUGUAAAAAGCAGAGCUGUAUAUACGAAACGUUUUCUAGCAGAGUACUAUUUAUUUGCAUAACCUAUUUAUUGUACUCACAUGACACUGUUAGGGAAUCCUGGGACGGCAUCGAUGACUGCAGCAGGGGCUCCUGCCUUUCCACGGGUCACCGAGGAGGACCGCCGUGACCUCGUCAGCGCGCGGUGACCGGUGGAAGAGAGCAAGCUCGCGGUCAGGGUGUCUACCUAACUUCUCAGGGACUGCAUUCCGUAGUUUGCCACCAUUACCAGAGCUGGUGAAUAUGAAACGUCGGUUGAAUUACCAGAAUCGCCAUUAACAGUAUUUUCUUUCUCAGACGUCAUGCUUUCCGCUUCUGUACAUAGGACUGUGCUGUGUAUUUAUCGAAGCUAGUGAGCAAUAAUUUAUAUGUACAAAAGGCCAAGCAAUAUAAGGUGAAAACUUAUAUAAGUCAUGGUUACCUUUCCUUGUAUUUUCAAGUGUUUUUUUUUAAACUGCUUUUUCCAAAUACAAGAUCAUGUUAAAGAUA